CGGGCAGCCCCCUCCCGCCAGGCCCUGCCGGACCCGCGCCGUCUUCUUUUCCUUGUCACCCGCGGUUGCCUCGGGCGGGGAUCGGUGCCCCGGAGCGCAAAGCCUGACGCGUCCCCCCUCUCUCAUCACCCCCCCACACACACCUCCCACCACCCAGUCCCUGGCGGCGAUGAGACAGAGCGGCGCCUCCCAGCCCCUGCUGAUCAACAUGUACCUGCCAGAUCCCGUCGGAGACGGUCUCUUCAAGGAAGGGAAGAGCCCGGGGUGGGGGCCGCUGAGCCCGGCGGUGCAGAAAGGCAGCGGGCAGAUCCAGCUGUGGCAGUUUCUGCUGGAGCUGCUGGCCGACCGCGCCAACGCCGGCUGCAUCGCGUGGGAGGGCGGCCACGGCGAGUUCAAGCUCACGGACCCCGACGAGGUGGCGCGGCGCUGGGGCGAGCGCAAGAGCAAGCCCAACAUGAACUACGACAAGCUGAGCCGCGCGCUGCGCUACUACUACGACAAGAACAUCAUGAGCAAGGUGCACGGCAAGCGCUACGCCUACCGCUUCGACUUCCAGGGCCUGGCGCAGGCCUGCCAGCCGCCCCCCGCGCACGCCCACGCCGCGGCCGCCGCCGCCGCCGCCGCCGCCGCCGCCCAGGACGGCGCGCUCUACAAGCUGCCGGCCGGCCUGGCCCCGCUGCCCUUCCCCGGCCUCUCCAAACUCAACCUGAUGGCCGCGUCGGCCGGCGUCGCGCCCGCCGGCUUCUCCUACUGGCCGGGCCCGGGCCCCGCCGCCACGGCCGCCGCCACCGCCGCGCUCUACCCCAGCCCGGGCUUGCAGCCCCCGCCCGGGCCCUUCGGGGCGGUGGCCGCCGCCUCGCACUUGGGGGGCCACUACCACUAG